AUGGCGUCCCUUAAGCAUGCCCCACGCAGAGACGCUAUCAUGUCGAGGAGACAGAUCGAGGGUCUCAUCGCGGAUGGGAGAAUCAUCGUCAUUGUCGACCAGAAGGUGCUCAAGGUGGAUGCGUGGUUGAAGUAUCAUCCUGGAGGUGACAAAGCCAUUAUGCACAUGAUUGGCAGAGAUGCUACGGACGAGGUAAACUCCGUCCAUUCUACAGAGACACGAGAGAUGAUGAAUAAAUAUCGAAUUGGUCGGAUCGAGGGUCGCUGGAAGAAUUUCUUGCCCCCCAUACAGGGUGGAAAGUUUCGACCGUACGUGGAAGGCGUAUCUGAUCUGGAAGAGGAUGAAGAGGAGGAAGCAUCCCCGACGGGGUCUGAGACCUCUAGGACUCCUUCGCCUGUUUUCGACGUGGAAGAGAAUGUUCGUCGACGCGGUAAUGCAACAAAGGCAUCUGUUUCGUCUUCGGCGUCCUCGGUGUCCUCAGUCUCGACCGUUUCGACAAUGGACGAUGUGAUGUCUUACUUUGAUGCGCGAACCAAAGAACAAAUCGAUCUAGACCUCUCGAAAUAUCCCUCUCUGGAUUUGGACACGCAGGAGCAGGUCGUUCGGAAAUACCGCUUGUUGUAUCAACGCCUGCUGGAUGAAGGACUCUUUAACUGCAAUUACUCUGCCUACGCCGUUGAAACCUGUCGCUACACCUUUUUCUUCUGCGCAAUGCUUCUAUUCCUACGCUGGGGCUGGUAUUGCACGAGCGCUUUCUGGCUGGGAUGUCUUUGGCAUCAGCUUGUUUUCACAGUGCACGAUGCUGGUCAUAUGGCUAUUACCCAUAAUUUCCAUUUUGACUCGGUCACUGGCAUCCUUAUUGCCGACUUCAUCGGAGGAUUGUCUGUGGGAUGGUGGAAAAGGAACCACAAUGUCCAUCACAUUGUUACAAAUUCCCCAGAGCAUGACCCUGACAUCGAGCAUAUACCUUUCUUCGCCAUUUCCCAUCGGUUUUUCCAGUCUUUGACCUCCUCUUUCUACGAGCGAGUCAUGGUCUAUGACCGUUUUGCCAAGUUCCUGCUCCCAUACCAGGCAUACUUGUAUUACCCAAUCCUCCUAUUUGGCCGUUUCAACCUGUACGUCCUGUCAUGGGAGUAUCUAAUCCGCGGCUUGGGUCCCAGAAAUGGACGCGCUUGGUGGCAUCGGUGGCUGGAGAUUACUGGCCAAGUAUUCUUCUGGUACUGGUAUGGAUAUUGUUUGUUGUAUAAGUGUGUCCCCACGGCCGGAACACGUUUUGCAUAUAUCAUGAUUAGCCAUAUGGUUACGAUGCCCUUGCACGCGCAAAUAACGCUUUCCCACUUCUCCAUGAGCACUUCGGAGCUUGGCCCACACGAGUCUUUCCCGCAGAAAAUGUUAAGGACGACUAUGGAUAUCGACUGUCCGCAAUGGCUUGACUUCUUCCACGGUGGCUUGCAGUUCCAAGCAAUUCACCACCUUUUUCCAAGGAUGCCAAGACACAAUUUUCGACGGGCUCAAAAGCUAGUCCAGGAAUUCUGCGACGAUGUAGGAAUCCCGUAUGCGCUAUAUGGGUUUGUAGAUGGGAGCAAGGAAGUUAUUAGCCGACUUGACGAGGUUGGGCGACAGGCAAGAAUCCUUGCCAAAUGCCAGAGGACAAUUGCAGAGAGAGGCGAUAUCCUUCAUGACCUUAAAGACAUUGGUACACUUGAUUAG